GAAGAAGCCGACCCUCGGAGUUUCGCCUGGACCCUUUUCUUGGAACAACUCCCCGAGUCCCAAGAUCUGAGACAAGUCAAUGAUCGCCCUCCUUCAAGCAAUGUGAUACAUGCUUUGCUUUUUUCUUUCUUUUUCAGACCGGAGUACGGAGUACUUGAGUCGACCCCAUGUCAUUUUCCUCCCAGCCCGUCCUCGGACCGUUGAUAGGCGCCUUGCAGGUUACACCGUGAGAAAUGCGCACGAGUUGAUCUGGCAGGUGCAUGAUUAUCUUUGUCGCCAACUCGGAACUCAAGCAAUAGGUACGAUCGGAAGCAGUACUCUCAGGCUCUCAGGCUCGAUGCAGCUUGUGCGUGUGGCCAUCUUAUUUGCCGGCCUCAGAGGGAAUAGUACUAUACUGUACACCGGUACGGAGUACAUGCCGGCAAAAUGCAAGAUAACAAAACAGCAUAUUUCCGGUCUACAGCUUGCUCACCUUUUUUUCAUUGUCUUCAAAGCAAUCUCUGAUUAGAUUCUCUCAUAUCUUUCAUUGAUUUCAUAUUUACAUCUGCCUUCCCAGGUCUUCCAUCGAUUGGGAAAAGAAACAUCGCAAUCAUCCGAAACAUUAGCACAUCGCAGGGGUUUGCAUAACAACAUGACAACAUAAGGCAUCAUCAUACAUAGAAAGUCCUUCAGCGAGAAAACUGAAGAAAACGUCAUAAUACACACGCCGGGAACCUGAUAGAGCGC